AUGAGUUACCCGGUGGACACGGUAGGGAGCCCCUUCCGGAGAGUUAUGGAUACUAGGACGACCGGCUACGGCUACAGCCGCUCCAGCGGCACCCCCUCCAGCGGCUUUCGCUCCCAGUCUUGGUCCCGAGCAAGCCCCGGCUCCACCAUGACCACAUCUUACAAGAGGAGCGUGAAUAUGCCGGUAACCCGAGCUUACAGCUCCACGGUGCUCAGCUCCGCCGACAGCGUUGAUUAUAAUCAAACCUCCAUCCUGAACGGAGACUACAAGCGAUCUAAUGAGAAAGAGCAACUUCAAGGGCUCAACGACAGGUUUGCUGUUUACAUUGACAAGGUGCACUACCUGGAGCAGCAGAACAAGCAGAUCGAGGCGGAGAUCCAGGCACUGCGGCAGAAGCAGGUGUCGCGCUCCCAGCUGGGCGACCACUAUGACCAGGAGCUGCAGGAGCUGCGCUCGAUGCUGGAGCAAAUCCACCAUGACAAGGCGCAAAUUCAGCUCGACACCGACCAUAUUGAGGAGGACAUCCAGCGGCUCAGGGACCGCUUUGACGAAGAAGCUCGCAUCCGGGAGGAGACAGAGGCCAUUAUCCGUGUCCUGAAGAAGGACAUGGGCGACUCGGAGUUGGUGAAGUCAGAGUUGGAGAAGAAAGUUCAGUCGCUGCAGGAUGAAAUUGCCUUCAUCCGCAACAACCACGAGGAAGAGGUGAGCGACCUCAUCGCCCAGAUUCAGGCUUCUCAGGUGACCAUGGAGAGGAAAGACCUCCAGAAGACAGACAUCACCGAGGCUCUCCGGGAGAUCCGCUGCGAGCUGGAGGGUCACUCCAACCAGAACCUGCAGCAGGUGGAAAACUGGUUCAUGUGUCGCUAUGCCAAGCUCACCGAGGCAGCUGAACAGAACAAGGACGCCAUAAAGUCCGCCCGUGAUGAGAUAGCCGAUUACCGUCGCCAGCUGCAGUCCAAGACGGUGGAGUUGGAGUCUGUGCGCGGGACAAGAGACUCACUGGAGAGGCAGCUGAACGACAUCGAGGACCGCCACAACAGCGACCUGGCCAGCCUGCAGGAGACAAUUCACCAGCUGGAUAAUGAGCUCAAGAGCACCAAAUGGGAGAUGGCACGUCACCUUCGCGAGUACCAGGACCUCCUCAAUGUCAAGAUGGCCCUGGACAUUGAGAUUGCUGCAUACAGGAAACUCUUGGAGGGUGAGGAGACCCACUUCAGCACUUUCCCUUACCGCCAGACUGUCACCACCAAAAUCUCUAAGCCUAAAUUAGAAACUCCCAAACUUAAGGUGCAGCACAAGUUUGUGGAGGAGAUCAUCGAGGAGACCAGGGUAGAGGAUGACAAGGCUGACAUUGACGAGGCCUUGGCAGAGAUAGCACAAGAGCUGUCUGCCACACUCGGAGAGGGAGGAGAUGAGGAAGAGGAGGAGAAAGAGGGUGAAGAGGCAGAGGAAGCAGAGGGUGAGGGUGAAGAGGCAGAGGAAGAAGAAGGAGGAGAGGAGGAGGAAGUUGUAAGCGCCACUGAAGCCAAAGUAAGCUCUAGUGCACCCACUAAGGAGGAAGAGGAGGAAGAAGAAGAGGGAAAAGGAGGUGAUGAAGAAGAAGAAGGAGAAGGAGAAGGUGGUGAGGAGGGAGAGAAGGAAGAAGAAGGUGAUGAAGGAGAAGAGGGAGGAGAGGAGGAAGAGGAAGAGGAAGUUGAGGAGACAGCACUGUGCGCCAAAGCUCCAGAAUCUAAAGCCUCUCCUGACAAAGAGAAGGCUGGAGACAAAGAGGGCAGUGGAGGAGAGGAGGAGGCAGAAGAGGAAGCCGAUGCUGAAGAGGAAGGUGGUGAUCAGGAUGAAGAUGCAGGCUCUGACAAAGCAUCCAAAAGCGGAGAUGAAAAAGAGGAAAAAGAUGAUGCAGACAAAAGCAAAAAGGAAGAUGAUAAGAAGGUAAAAGAUGAGAAAGCAGAUGACAAAUCAGAAAAAGAGGUAGCCAAGAUUGAGUCUCCUAAAUCCGAAUCUCCCAAACCUGCAUCUCCUAAACCUGAGUCUCCUAAAUCUGAAUCUCCCAAGCCUGCAUCUCCUAAACCUGACUCCCCAAAAGCUGAGUCCCCAAAGUCGGAAUCCCCGAAACCUGAAUCUCCAAGAGCUGAAUCCCCAAAACCUGAAUCCCCAAAAGCUGAAUCCCCAAAAGCUGAAUCCCCCAAAGCUGAAUCCCCCAAAGCUGAAUCCCCAAAGGCCGAGACCGCCAAGCCUGAUGCUCCUAAAGCAGCUGAGGAGAAAUCAGAGAAAAAGAGUGACACAACAGAGGACAAGACGGUCGAAAAGAAAGAUGUUGCCAUGAAUGGCGAUAUAGAUAAGAGCAGCCCAGAAGAGAAAGACAAGAAGGAUGAGGAGCAAGAAGUCGACAUGAUGGCUAACGGUGUUGAUGAGAGCCCCGUGAAGGAAGAUGGCAGCCAGAAAGUUGUAAUCACCAAGACUGUGGAGACGAUCACCACCGGAGAGGAUGGAUCCAAGCAUGUCACCAAAUCUGUCACUGUGACCGAGACAGUGAAGGAGGUGGAGGAGGUGCUGCAGGAGAAGAUGGUCUCCACCAAGAAGACAGAGAAGCACUCCACCCAGUCCAUCAAGCAGGUGACAGAGGGCGACUGAGGAGACUCCAGAUGGCUGAUCCAGCGGCCGAGGAGGUGUAGGAGGCAGGGGCCAGAGGAGGGGACAUGAACACAAGCAAU